AUAACGGUGGAGUCGGUAAGAGAAGUCAUUUGGUAAAAGGAAAAAAAAGUCCAAUUCUUCGUCUGUGUUAGUCGUUGAGAAACAAACCUACCGGUCUUCUACUCGAGGAAGACGACGAAGCGAAACCCUAAAAAUCUCAUCUAUCUCCCCACUCCCGCAGUGAUCUGAUAUUUGCAAACCUAAUUCGCCAUUCCGAUGACGGUCCCCUCCAAAUCCUAGCUUUUGCCCCUCCCGAUGGAGCCCCUCCGAGCCAAGGAUCGGUUGGUCCUCGAGGCCUUCGCCGAGUUCGAUCCCGCCAAGUCCGCCGGGCUAACCUCGGCGGCUCCCGUCGCGAUCCGGUCCCUCUGCGUCUUCGCCGCCUCUGAUUCCAAAACCCUUGUCUACAUCGGCACCGGCGGCGGAAACAUCAUCUUGGCCUCCUUGGAUCCCCCUUCGACCCGGGGAGCCCCGUCGUAUGGAACCAGCGUUGGUUCCGCCAAAGGUGCUGCGGAAUUUCUACGAUCGGCGACGAUCGGCGUUCGUCAGAUCGAAUCGAUUCACGUUCUCUCUGAGAUCGGGAGGGUCCUCGUGCUCUCAGAUGGGUCCGUGUUCUUGCUGGAUUUGCACUUGUUGCAGCCUGCGCGGAAAUUGAGUUUUCUCAAGGAUGUGACGGCGAUUGCAAGGAGGAUUCCAUGUUCCGAGGCGAUGAGUUUGGGACCCUUGGGAGAUGGGGUGUCCAAAGCCGAGAUCUUGAGCCCAAGUCAGAAGUUUUUUCAGAAAUUGGGAGGGAGUAUCAGGGCGAACGGAAUAGGUCCCAGGAUUACCGAGUCUCAGAGGGGAGGCAAUAGCUGCUUUAUUGCGGCUGCAGGAGCGAGAAAAUUGGUUCUGAUGGAGCUCCUCGUGCCUGGAAGCAUUGAUGUAGAUUCUGACAGCCGUGGUGUUUCAGUACAUCUUAAGGAGAUUCAGGACAUUGAUGGCGUCAGUGCAAUGGCAUGGUUGGGGAAUUCCAUUGUUCUUGGAACUUCAGAUGGUUACACACUAUUCUCUACUACUAAUGGGAUAAGCACCCCACUGUUUAUGCUUCCAGAAUCUUCGGGGCCACCUCGGCUGAAAUCUUUAUGGGGAAGUAAGGAGGUUCUGCUGUUGGUUGACAAUGUUGGUGUGGUUGUCAAUGCCUCUGGGCAGCCUGUUGGCGGGAGUUUGAUCUUUCAAUAUGCACCGGACUCCAUCACGGAGAUGCCUUCCUAUGUGAUUGUUGCAAAGCAUGGUAGGAUGGAUUUAUUCAGACGGAAGAGUGGUAAUUGUGUGCAGUCAGUAUCAUAUGCAAAGGGAGGCAUUGGUCAGUGCAUUGUGGCAAGUGAUGAUCAGGGUAAAGGAGAGGUUAUUGUGGUUGCAACACCUUAUAAGGCCAUUUGCUUUCAUAGAUUGCCUGCCGAAGAACAGAUUAAGCAUUUAUUGAGAAAGAAGAAACUUAAAGAAGCUGUCUGUUUGUUGGAGGAGUUUGAGUCUGAAGAAGAAAUGACAAAGGAACUGCUUUCCUUUGUGCAUGCACAAGUAGGCUUCUUGUUGCUUUUUGAUUUGCAUUUUGAAGAGGCAAUCAAUCAUUUCUUGCUCUCAGAGACCAUGCAGCCACCUGAGAUAUUCCCAUUCAUUAUGCGGGACCCAAAUCGCUGGUCGCAUCUGGUACCAAGGAACCGGUACUGGGGGCUGCAUCCUCCUCCAGUACCUCUUGAGCAAGUAAUUGAUGAUGGACUGAUGGCUAUCCAGAGAGCUAUGUUCUUAAAGAAAGCAGGUGUAGACACUGCUGCUGAUGAGGUGUUUCUUUUAAAUCCACCCAGCAAAGCUGAUCUCUUGGAGUUAGCAAUUAAAAAUAUCAUCAGGUAUCUAUGUGUUUCUCGGGAUUGGGAUUUAAACCCUCCAGUGAAGGAGGGUGUAGAUACUCUUCUGAUGUACCUCUAUAGAGCACUCAAUCUUGUCGAUGACAUGGAGAAACUUGCUUCAUCGCAGAACUACUGCAUUGUGGAGGAAUUGGAAACACUGUUAGAUGAUUCAAGGCAUUUAAGGACACUAGCAUUCUUGUAUGCCAGUAAAGGGAUGUGCUCAAAAGCUUUCACUAUCUGGCGUAUGUUGGCCAAAAAUUAUUCGACCGGUUUAUGGAAAAACCCUGCAAGCUCCGAUGAAUGUGGUUCUCUAAAUUCUUGUACAGAUUUAAGUUCUGGUCAACAAAGUGCUGCUAAUGAAGCUUCAAAGCUACUCCAAGAAUCUUCUGAUCAAGAUCUCGUACUGGAACAUCUUGAAUGGAUUGCAGAUGUUGACCAGAAUCUUGCAAUUCAAGUUUUAACAUCAGAGAAAAGGACUAAUCAGCUUUCUCCUGAAAAAGUUCUUUCAUCUGUUGAUCCAAGAAAGGUUGAGAUCCAUCAGAGAUAUCUGCAAUGGUUGAUUGAAGAUCAAGACUGCGAUGACACCCAAUUUCAUACUUUAUAUGCUCUUUCUUUAGCCAGAACAGCAAUUGAAACAAUUGAAACUGGCCUCAAUUAUGAAAAUUAUGAUGCUAGAAACCAAGAGGAGUCGAAUAUAUCCAACACUGAACUUGGAAAGAACUAUGGAUAUUCGGUCAGGGAUAGAUUGCAGUUAUUUUUACAGGCUUCAGACUUGUAUGAUCCAGAAGAAGUACUUGGUGUUAUAGAAGACUCAGAAUUAUGGCUGGAAAAGGCAAUCCUGUACAGGAAGAUGGGACAAGAGACAAUGGUGCUACAGAUUCUGGCUAUAAAGCUGGAAAAUAGUGAAGCUGCUGAACAAUAUUGUGCAGAGAUUGGUAGAAAUGAUGCUUAUAUGGAGUUACUGGAUAUGUAUUUGAAUCCAGAAGAUGGGAAAGAGCCAAUGUUUAAAGCUGCAGUUCGACUUCUUCAUAAUCGUGGUGUAUUGCUUGACCCCUUGCAAGUAUUAGAGAAACUGUCACCUGAGAUGCCUCUGCAGCUCGCAUCAGAUACAAUAUUGAGAAUGCUAAGAGCUCGAGAGCAUCAUCAUUGCCAAGGGCAGAUUGUUCAUAAUCUCUCACGUGCAAUAAAUCUAGAUGCACGGAUGGCAAGAUUCGAGGAGAGAUCAAGGCAUGUUCAGAUAAAUGAUGAGAGCAUCUGUGAUUCUUGCCGCUCACGCCUUGGCACCAAGCUCUUUGCAAUGUAUCCAGAUGAUUCGGUUGUCUGUUACAAGUGUUAUCGCCGGCUGGGGGAGUCUACGUCAGCUCGUGGCCGUAAUUUCAAGCAAGAUGUCAUCUUCAAAUCAGGGUGGCUUGUUAGCAGAUAGUAACACACUUUAUCUCUGGCAAUUUUUGGAUGAGGCUUCUAUCUGCAAGUGCAAAGAGUUGAAAUGAUAAAGUGGCCUUUCGAGGAAGGAAUUUUCAUCGGCCUUUUAAUGACAUCUUUUUCAUUCAUGCAUUCACUUGCAUGCUAGAUUACAUUUUCGAAAAGCUGGUCAAGUUUGCCGACGGCUUGGGAAUGAUUUGUAGGCGAUCAAGUAUCUUUUUGUGUGCUGAAUGACACCCAGGGGUGGAAUAGGACUUGCAGGAUAUCCCUUCCUAGAAGCAGUUCAUUUCAUAUACAUUGGAGGAAAGGAAUGCAGUUGAAACCAUGUAGAGAGAGUUGGCCAUGGCCAAUACCGGCAGCAGAUGGCUUAGCAGUCAGAAUUGGUUUUCAUUUUAGAUAUGUAAACUUGUUUUAAUUUUUUGUCUGUAUCAGUAUCACUGUGGGAAGUAAAAAUAAAGCUGAUCAAAUUUCUUCCA